UCGUGCAUAAAAUUGCAAAAUGGCGGUGGUAGUGAUGUCCGCGGAGUUCUUGAUAAAUGAAAAAUUCGAUAAAAAGGGCGUGUAAAAUGUGUGUGAUCCUGAGAUCGGAUGCCCUCGACUCAGGAAUAUAUCCGAGGCGUUGGGCAAUUGUUCCCGGAUCAUGAAAAAAAACACAAAUUUUUUCACGACGUUUAACUGUCGCAUUCCAAUGUUGUGUACUAUGUCUACGCUUUAAUACAAAAAAAAAAAACGACGGAAUCAAAUGGACAUACGUAAAUUUGUUUUUGUGUGUGCACAAUUUAAUCGUGAUGUUUUCACGAGGACUCAAUGGAGCCUCAUUAAUAACAUAGAGAAAUAAAAAAAAGAACACUUGUCGUUGUGCAUGUGGUGUGUUUGUGUGUGUGUGUCAUCAUCAAAUAUUCCCCAGUGCAAAUCAUCAUUAUUUGCUUAGUGUUUGUGUCUAUAUCCGUGUCUAUGAUUUUUCUUUUUUCUUUAUUUUCUUUUCUUUUGUAUUUGGUGAAAUGUUCUCGUCGCCGGCGUCCGUGGUCGGCGAGCCGUCUGGCUAUGAUUUUGAGAAAGAAGAAAACGCUGCCAAGUGGAAGGGAGUGUUUGUCAACUCCCUGCGCAAGGUAUUGGAGCAAGUUCAUCCCAGUCUAGAAGCUCGUCAGGACGCUUUAGAUUAUGUUGAGAGUCUGAUUUUGAGAAUGUUGGGCAUGCUCUGUGGACAUCCACCUCCUCAUACACCUCAAGACGUAGAGGAAAGAGUAAGACGUACAUUUCCUACUCCAAUUGACAGGUGGGCACUACGAGAUGCAAGAGAUGCUCUUGAAAAAGGAAAGAAAAAAUCGCCACUAGUUCUUCCUGUGGAUAAAAUUCAUCAACUUUUGCAAAAAGAAGUAUUACAGCACAAAAUUGAUUCUCAAGUCAGUCUUUUUGUCGUCGGGGUACUUGAAUAUAUUUCUGCUGAUAUUUUAAAGUUGGCUGGUAAUUAUGUCAAGAAUAUUCGCCACGUUGAGAUUUCCUGCGAGGACAUAAGAGUUGCGAUGUAUGCAGAUAUGGUACUAAUGGACAUGUUUUACCAAGAUGAUUACACGGAAGGUCCUCAAAGCAGUUUAGGGGCUGGGGCCGUCGUGUCUCAGACGUACGAAGAGUCCGUUAGAGAUUUAAUACAUGACGAACGUCAUUAUCUACGUGAUCUUCAUAUGAUCAUUAAGGUGUUUCGAGAAGAAAUAGUAAGAUUCACACGUGACAGAAGUGAAAUCGAAAUACUAUUUAGCAAUAUUAUGGAUAUUUAUGAAAUGACUGUAACGUUACUUGGAAGCUUGGAGGAUAUUAUGGAGAUCACGGAAGAAAAACAGACCCCAACUGUAGGUUCAUGCUUUGAGGAAUUAGCAGAAGCGGCAGAAUUUGAAGUUUAUAAGACAUACGCUAGGGAAAUGAAUAGUUCAGCUAGUCGAGAAAUUUUAACGAGAUUAUUAUCGAGGCCAGAGGCAAAAGAUGGUCUACGAACCGCUGGACACGGUUUUAAAGAAGCUGUCAAGUACUAUUUGCCAAAACUUUUAAUGCAACCAGUAUGGCACUGCUUUUUAUAUUUCGAUUACAUAAAGGUAUUACUUGAACGUACGCCAAAUUCCGAAGAUGGAGAGACUCUGGAACAAGUUCAGGGUGUUCUCAGUCCAUUGAAAACGGAAUUAACCAAAACUGUUGCGAGUCUUCCAAUUAAAGAUAGCGGUUUACGAAUGCAAAGUCGAGCACGUAGACAAGCUGCACUUGAAAAAACGAGUGAACUUCAGAAAACUGUCGAUGGAUGGGACCAAAGAGACGUUGGCCAGUGUUGCAAUGAAUUUAUCAGAGAGGACAUGUUGGGAAAAGUAGGAAAUAAUGGUCGAAGAUUAACGGAAAGACGUGCCCUUUUAUUCGAUGGUUUACUUGUCCUCUGUAAACCAAGUGGAAGCAAAAGAGUCAGUGUCAGUGUCUCGGGAGUUAAUGUAGGAAGUAGUCAUCCUGCUCAUCAGGGAGAAUUGCGUUUAAAAGAACGCUUCUUCAUUCGAAAGGUGGAUAUUAUCGAUCGAGAAGAUACUGAAGAAUUGAAAAAUGCCUUUGAAAUAAAACCAAGGGACCAUCCAAAUGUAAUUCUCGUUGCCAAAUCGGUUGAGGAUAAAAACAGUUGGAUGGCAGAUCUUGUGAUGCUCAAUACAAAAAGUAUGUUGGAGCGAACAUUGGACAGCAUUCUCUUAGACGAGGAGAGAAAGCAUCCACUUAAAUUACCCUCGCCGCAUUUAUAUGAAUUUGCCGAACAAGAUUGUCCGGAAAAUAUUGUUUUAGAAGCAAGGGAAAAUGGUGGUGUGCCACUUAUUAAGGGCGCAACGCUUGUUAAACUUGUUGAGAGAUUGACUUAUCAUAUUUAUGCCGAUCCAGCUUUUGUCAGAACAUUCCUUACAACUUAUAGGAGUUUUUGCUCUCCACAAGAAUUGUUAACGUUGUUAAUAAAACGAUUUGAUAUACCUGAUCCAUCGUUGGUGUACGAGGAAGAAGAGAAGCCAACGGGUUGUAAAACAAUAGCAAGAGAAGACUGGAAGAGGUACAGAAAAGAAUUCUGUCAACCUGUGCAAUUUCGAGUUUUAAAUGUUUUGCGACAUUGGGUGGAUCAUCAUUUUUACGAUUUUCAACGUGAUCCAUCGUUGUUAGAGAAAUUAAAAAUAUUUUUGGAAACUGUUAGUGGAAAAUCGAUGAGAAAAUGGGUAGAUUCAGUGAUGAAGAUUGUAUUGAGAAAAUGUGAGCCCUCGGAACAAAGACCGAUUACAUUUAGUUUUGAGCGUUCACCACCUCCAAUUGAAUGGCAUUUAAAAGUUCCUGAAGAAGAAUGGGGCAUUCUAACGUUGCAUCCUAUUGAAUUAGCAAGACAAUUGACAUUAUUAGAGUUCGAAUUGUAUAGAACGGUGAAGCCUUCUGAAUUAGUUGGAUCAGUGUGGACUAAAAGAGAUAAAGAAAAGACAUCGCCAAAUCUUUUAAAAAUGAUUAAACACACGACAAACUUUACAAGAUGGCUAGAAAAGACAAUAGUUGAAGCUGUAAAUUUGGAAGAAAGAGUAUCUAUUGUUUCGCGAGCAAUUGAAAUAAUGAUGGUGCUACAGGAUCUCAAUAAUUUCAAUGGUGUACUUGCCAUUGUCAGUGCCAUGGGAUCUGCUUCCGUUUAUAGAUUAAAUUUUACUUUUCAACAAGUUCCAAAACAAUUGAAAACUGCACUCGAUGAGGCUCGUGAAUUAAAUAAUGAUCAUUUUCGUAAAUAUCAGGAAAAAUUACGCUCUAUUAAUCCACCAUGUGUACCGUUCUUCGGCAUGUACCUGACCAAUAUAUUGCACAUCGAAGAAGGAAAUCCGGAUUACUUGCCAGGAAGUCCGGAGCUUAUAAAUUUUAGUAAACGACGAAAAGUCGCUGAAAUUACUGGCGAAAUUCAGCAGUACCAAAAUCAGCCUUAUUGUCUUUCGGUAGAGCCGAGAAUAAGGCAUUUUAUUGAAAAUCUUUCUCCGUUUGAUCCAAAUAUGAAGGACGCGGAUAUUAGUAAUUAUUUGUAUGAAAAAAGUAUGGAAAUUGAACCAAGGGGUUGUAAACAAUUGCCAAAAGUUGAUCGCAAAUGGCCAAAUUUAAAUUUAAAAUCACCUGGUAUUAAGGCGAGAAGUCUUAGCGGUAAAUUACCAGCGCCAUUACAAGCCAUGGCUUCUAGUGUAAGAUUACAUGAUCCACCGGCAGAAAGUGCACCACCUUUGGAACUUCCGGAAACUCCUCCUCAUAAUUCACAGAUGCCUCACACUGGUGAUCAUUGCGUUUUUGCACCUGUUAUGUUAGGAGGUCAACCACCGGGUUCACCGGGUCCUCUAAGUAUGUCGGGUCUCUCGAUUAGUUCACCAGGAAGUAGUCCACAAUUUGGAUCACCUGGACAUAUGCCACCACCUCAUUAUCCAUCGCAAAGUACGCAUUUUGGUUUUACACAGAGUUCAAUUGGUGCAAUGAGUUCGUUGUCGGGUUUCACAACAUCGGGCGGCAGUCCUGGUGCACCAAUGCCACCUCCACCAUCUCCGAGUCAUGUGAAUCUUAGCCAACCGCCACCACCGCUACCGCCACGAUCUCAUCGAAGAAGAGAAAGUUCCAUUAGUGAGUCACCACAUCAGGCGAGACAAGCGCCAAAUGCUCCAUUAUUGCCGCCUCGCGAUGGCACAUCUCCACCUCCAUUACCGCCUCGUAGAGAUUUGCCACCAGCUACAUUGCCACCACGAUUACCAGCUACAUUAAAUUCAAGUAGCUCGGCAUUAUUAAUGAGGCGAAAUUCAAAUUUAGAAAGCUCCACAUCGGCUGCCACUCACGCAAGGAGAUAUAUGUCUGUCAAUGGACCCAGUCCUACAAAACUUCCUCCCAAUCAACCCAAUGGAUCAGUAACUCCGAGAUUACCACCGAAACCUCUUCCGGGACGUCCUCCUACAACUAUGUUUAAUUUCAGCGCUCCCCCCGGACCUAGUUAGAGUCAUCAUUUAAAAAAAAAAUACCCUUUUCUUAUCCUUAGAAUUAAAAAAGAUUUUCACGGGAUUGAUUUGUAGAUUAAUGAAAAUAAUUGUCGAAGUCGUGGCGAUCGUCUAAAUGAGGGCUUUGAUGUUUGUAAAUAGUAAUGUUUAAAAAGAAAAAAAAAUUUUUUUUUGGCAAAGGACCAGUAAUAAGACGCACAAAACAAAAAAUUUGGACCACGAUGAACUUCGACUUAGCUCUAUAUAGUAUAAUAAUCUUCAGAGUAUUUUCUUUCUUUCUUUUUUUUAUUGUCUAACGAAUUAAUUUUCAGCAAAAUUGGUUUUUUAAAGAAAAGGAAAAAAAAAAAUUAAUUUUUUUUUUUUGACAUAGAUGUUAAAAUGUGAUGAAAUGAUGUUCAUUAAAUUUCCUAUUCGCCAAUAUACACACAUUCUGAAAACAUGGCACAAGAAACUAUUUUUAGUGAAAGUUUAUUUUUUUGAAAUGUACAGACUGUUGUAAGAUAAACAAUAUAUAUAUAUAUAUAUAUUUUUAGAUAUUUUUUUUACAAUAAAAAUAGAUAAAUGCACAUAACCGAUAGAGAAGUAAGUAGAGAGAAGUUUUUUUUCGAUUCGUUUUAAUACGAGUCAUUGUGCUUCUCGUUUGAGAAUUCUUGCAAAGAUAUUUCGAAAUAGACUCGAACUUAUUUUAUAUAUAGAGAGAUGAAUUAAAUAAUUUUGAUUUUUUUAAUAACUAUAUAUUUGAAGCACACAUAAUCUUGUUUCUUUUUUAUUCAGAAAAAAUUAUUUUCCUUCUUAAAAGAAAAGUGAUUUUUAUUUAUAGAAAGAUAAAAAUUUCUUUUCAAGUAAAAUUUAGUUUUGAGAAAGAAAAUAAAAUUUUUGAAUGAAAAAUUUGAAAUUAGUAAAUUCCUGAAGUCUUUCAUUGUUUUUUAAGUCUCAGGUGUUUUUUUUUUCUAUUUGACUUUUAAGUGUACUAUAAUAGAAUCAAUUUUUAUAAAUGCUCAGCUUUUUUAAAAAUACAUUUGCUUUUUUUAAUUUAAUUUUUUUUUUUUGAGAGAGAAAGAGAGAAUGACUUCUUUUUCUCGAUACUGUGUUAUUAGAAUUUAUAAUGAAAAACUCGAAAUGAAAGAAUACAUUUCAUCACAAUUACUUGUCGAAAAGAAAAUUUUUUAUUAGAACCAAUUUAGCUGUUUAUUUUUGCAUUAAGAAAAAAAACUCUUGAAGAGAUUUUUACUGUCGACAAAUCGCGAUCGUCCCAUUUUUUUUUCUCCUUUGUCCCUUUUAUCUAUCCCUGAACACAACUGUGAUACACUUCGAACGUGGAUAAGUGAAUGUAAUUAGACGUUUAGAAUUUAAAAGAAAAAAACAAAAAAAAAAAUUUUAAUAAUAAUAUAGAUGGAAGAAAGUGCAGUAUCAAAUCGAGUAUCGAUAGCGCAAAAAAAAGAAAUAAAUAUGUAAAUGUAUAUUAUAUAAAUAUAUUCUUGUCGAUAGGUAUUGUAAUAAUGUUAAAAGCAAACAAAAGUGAAAUAUUACAAAGUGUAAAAAUAAAGAAUAUAUUGUGUAGUAAA